AUGGCCAGCGACCCUAUUUGGCUAUUCUACCCGGGCUACGCCCCAUUCGACGCGGUGGAUCACGCGGCAGGAGACCCAGACCCAGACCCAGAACAGCAACUGCAAGAGCAACAGCAACUACACCAGCAACUGCAACUGCAACUGCAACAGCAAUUGCAACUGCAACAGCAACUGCAACAGCAACAACAACAACAACAACAACAACAACAACAACAACAACAACAACAACAGCACCACCACCACCACCAGGAGGAGCAGCAGCCCGAGCAGACAUUCGAGGAGAGGGUUGCUCAAUUCCGCCGAGUCCCUUCCCUUCGGGACGACCCCCACCGAAAGGCAGGUGCAGGGCGGAAGAAGAAGAGCCAGCGUUUUUGGGCCCCUGCAGAUGCGCCAGGGCCCCUCGUGGAGCAGUAUGCCGAGCUCCAGAAGGACGACCAAAGAGUCGCCACCGCCGAGAAGAAGCUGGAAAAGGCAAGGGGGGAGGGCGCGAGGAACGUGCCUCACUACGAGGAGAUUGUCCUCCGGAACAUGAGGACCCGGCAGGACCAGUGGGAGAAGUGCGAGCGCGCGGAGCAGGGACUGGGCCCUGUGUUGACGACUUUUGAAGAGGCGGAGAAGGAGUGGCAGGCCGCCCACGCCGACUGGGAAACACACUCCAACAACUACCACGCCAAGUGUGCCGAACUCGCGCAGGCCUACCCGCAAAUCCUGCUGCCCGACAACACCAUCGACCUUGAGCAACUGGGUCGCAUCGACAAGAAGGCGAGGCAGGGUCUGUCAACCCGGAAGAACUGGGUUGGGAACAAGCAGAAGAGGGUUGCGGAGGCUAUGGCGGCCUUGGAGUGUGCACUGGAGAGGGAGUUCGGCGAAGUCGGCGGAUUGUUUGCCGUUUAG